UUGUGGUCAUCCGCGAUUCCGCGUUUACUGCCACGCCCCGCCCGGAAGUAUCGUGCUGUCCGUUGGAAAUAUAAAUAUUAUCAUGGCGUCGGUGACUUUUCGCGACUGUUUUCUCUGUGUUUCAGCUUUAAUCACCUUCGUCUUCGUGUUUGUGACCGGUGCAGACUUUGUUCGCUUUGUGUCUUUUCGUGCCAUCUAUCAUAACCUGAGCGGGGCCGCGCCUCCGUGUCGAGAAUCUGUGCCCUGGUCUGUGGCUCUGCGGGACGGUGUUGUUCUGAAGGCUGUAGCUGUGGAUGUGUUCCUUCUGGUCCUCUUCAGUCUCCAGCACAGUCUACUGGCCUGGGCUCCAGUUAAGAGAGUCUGUCAGAAUGUCUUUGGGGUUUUAAGCAGAGCCGUGUACUGCUUCACCACCGCCGCAGCGCUGCAGAUAUUGAUGCACUAUUGGCAUCCGGUCACCAGCGCCCCCUGCCUGUGGUCAGUGCACAAAGCACCCUGGGAUAUCUGGUUCCCGCUCAUCUGUUUUAUCUUACACUUCCUGUGCUGGGCCAUAAUCUGCAGUAUCCUGCUCAUCUUCGACUAUCCAGAACUGCUAGGCAUCAAACAGGUGUAUUAUGAGUGUCUGGGUCUGGGCGACCCUCUCCUGCUGAAGUCUGAGCGUGCGCAGCGGCUUUACGCUCACCUCAGGCAUCCGGUCUGUGUGGAGCUGCUCACGGUGCUCUGGCUUCUUCCCACCUUCCCGCUGGACCGGCUCCUGCUGGCCGUGUACCUGUCCGUGUACCUGAUCCUCGCUCACUCGCUGGACAAUCAGGACUGCACUUACCUGCGCCGGCAGCUCCGGAACAAACUGCAGCUCUUCUCCGCACCACUAGAGGACGGCGAUCAGAGCAACAACAACACGCAUAAGCAAGACUGAAUGACGAGCAUGUAAAUAAAGCCCAAAGUAUACUUCGGUUUUUACGCGUACGUGAGGGUCUUAGUACAGUGCACGUGACGCAGAUUUCAUCAUCAGAAUAAUAUGCGCGUACGCGUGCCGCGUGAUUUUUGUAACUUUGUACGCACAGGUCGCACAUGCGCAUUGAAUUUGUUUUGCACUAAUCAGUUGUUCCACAAGGUGGCAACACUGUCCCGGGCCGUUUUACAGUAGAAAACAAAACUAAAGAGACGGAACAACUAAAUACUGGACACUGAAACAACAACAGACGACAAGCGCUUGUGUGAGGGGGUUAUGAGAGAGGCACAACUUUACUUUUUAUCAUUUUUAUCUCUCAUAACGUCUGGAGAAAAUUAGCGCAGACAAUAGACAGAGAUGAAACUUUCUAGAGCACACGUUCAUGCACGCUACGAACUGGAGUAUACUUAGAAAGGCCACGCGUUCGACUGUACUCGUAUGCUAGCGUACGCGUAAAAAAACGCAGUAUACUUUGGGCUUAAGAGUGUAGUGCUGUCUUCAAGCCCUUUGGGAAGCCAUUACGGAGUUCAGAAGUCAUAAUUUUUUUUUAAAAUCCUUUUUCUAUUGUUCAGUUUUCUCUUCCUAACAAUGACAGAAGAUUUUACUGCUAAUGCAACAGAAUGAAUAACAAAUAUUGCACAUUUAGUGAUGCUUAUCUGUGUAUAUUAUCAUUCUUGUGCUGCUACAGGGUAUUAUGGGAAAUGUAGUUUUUUUGUCUUUUAAACCAACUAAAGCCUUAUUUCAGUUCACAAAAUGUGCACAAACUAAAAUUGGUACUGUUGACUUCAACAAUUAAAACGUCUUAUUUCACCUUGAUUCUUUAAUUGUCGCAGCACAGGUAAUUAUGACUUCUGGUGGUCGUCAUGUGACUUGAAGGCAGCAUUACAAUUCAAAGAUAUGUUUGGAAUAUUAGCAUACUGCAUAAUGCACAAUGCCUAAAUAUGUUUAAAUAUAAGUAUGAGAAACACUGUUCAUGCAUCAAUACACAUUUCAAACAGCAUUAUGCUACAUUUGACUUUAUUACAAUAUGCAUUUUUAAUUCAGCAAAUGUUGUCCGGUUAUUAUCUCAGAAAUAAUUAGGGUUAUUGUGCAUUUUUCAGUAUGCUGUUCCAAAAUCUAUCGCAGUAUUUGAAGUCCUCAUGCUUCAUGUUAAUUUUUUUUUUCUACACAUUUAUUAUUUACAUUACAAGUUCAUCGAAAUAGCUUUUAGAAACAAAUCAAAUUCUCUCUAUUUUUAGUCAGCUGAAAAGGAGCUGAUGUAUUUUGGCUUCAGAUGAGGAGCACAGGUCAGAGGUCAUCAGAUUAAAUUGCUCUACUCGGCCCUGACAUGACACAUUAAGAGUGACACAAAACACACACACACACUUCACCACCAAAAGCCAAUGCGCAGCUAUCUGUAAUGUAAUUGGAUGGUUUUGUUUUGGUCAGUAGUAAAAUAUUUCUGCUUUUAUGAGGACUUUUGUUUUGUAUCUAUUGCUUGUUUUUAUAUAAUGCUUUUAUAUUUGACAACCGUCUGCAGGUGUUGGGAUAAAAACUGCACAGCAUACUGACCUCCUGUGUUUUUCACCAUUAAGUGUCAUAACUACUGGAAAACGUGCUUUUUAUUUUGCUUUAUAAAAAUGUUUGAUGCUUGAAGUAUGUUUACAUAAUGACCUCAGAGUUAGUCGGUGCAGAAUGUAUUUUUACAUGGUCAAUAAACAUGAAAUUAUUUUUGUAAAAGGACAUGGAAAUAAAUGCACUGUUAUUAGAGCCGAAAACCACAAUUCAUUAUGUUUAAUAAGCUUUUUUUUGUAUCAUGCGGUGUAUUUUAGUUUAUUGCACCACAUCUGCCUCUAUUAGAAUCAGAUAAUUCUGAAUAAAGAAAAUGCUGCAACAAAUUAUGUUUUUGUCUUGUAAUAAAAUGUAUUUUUCAGCAA